AUGAGUAUAACACAAUGGACAAACCAAAUCAGAUUUAACGUAUUUCUUUUUAUCUUGAAAAUUAUCAUAUUAAGCUUCUUCCUUCACAAAUCAAAACAUAUCACCAAUGGUUCUCCGAUUACGCCAGGAAAUAACUCGAAGAAUCAAAGGAACAACAUACAAUUUAAAAUAUUAAGAUUGUUGAACGAAAAUGCCUAUACCGAUUCGGCUAGUAAAUAUAAAAAACUAUCAUCAAUAACGAAGGAAGAAACUGACAAAUUAGAGUAUUCGGGAAAAAAAGCAGAAGCGAUAAUGUCAAACAUUACUAAUCAUGAAGACUUAGACAAUAAAUCUGUGGAAGUUGAUUUAUUAGAUGAAGAACAACUGCUAAGGGAAAUGAAUAGAAUUAUAUUACAAGAAAAACUCAUCAUGGAGAAAUUUUCCAAGGCACGGAAUUCUUCUUCAAACGAAUAUUUUUCCUUUUAUUUCAAUGAAGAAAAUUGCAUAAAUCGAAUCAUGGACUUGUCGAGAAAAUCAAGAUUGUAUAGAAACAAAUAUUUGCGAUUGUGGUAUCGUAUUCUCAGACAUAUCAAUAAAUUUAUAAAAGGAAUGAAACCAUUCUUCAUAAAAGAAUGUAAAUACCAUAGAAACGAUUUGGAACAAUUUCGUGCUAGUAAUUUUUAUUACUUCGUAUUCCCUUAUGUAAAAUGCCACAUCAAAAUCUCCUUUUCUCGGUUUUUUAAGCAAAAUCUUCCUAAUAAAAGUAAAUAUUUAAAUAUACUUCCCUGUUUACGUAACCCUAAAGGUAACAGGAAGUAG